UGAUUGGAGAAAGCCGCGGCCUCGGCGCAUUUGAUUGGUCACGCGUAGUUGCGCGCAGAGCAUCUGGUGUGUGUGUGUGUGUGUGUGUGUGUCAUUAACUUUCGAUGUUACCUGAGACUGAGGAAACAGCUGAGGGUUUUUUUUUUUGGGGAGGCGCGAAAGUGUUGCACUGACAGGCGCGCGCUCCGACUGGGCACGAGAACCAGGGACACUUUCUUGAUACACACAUACACGCACGCGCGCACAAACACACACACACACACACAUACACACACACACUCGCGCGCGCGCAAACACAAACACACACACACACACACACACACACACACACACACAGGGAUGGCGAAAGAGACACGAGAGAAAGAUGCAUCACGAAAAUUUAGCGCGUCCCACUGGAGGCUGCAGAACAUCGUACAGGAGUCCAUGGACAGCUCGGACGAGGAGUUCUUCGAUGCCAGAGAUGUUAUGGAGGGGAAGACAGCCAUCCUGCUGGAGAUGAGCCAGUGGAACUCGAACGAUCUGGUGGAGCAAAUUGAGACCCUGGGACACCUGGAGCGCUCACGAGAAAGCCUGUACAGACUGAGACACCCUCGUUGUGCACCACAGAGCAGUGUAGAUGGUCUGGAGGACAUGGAGAGGAAAUGCCGAACGCAGCUGUUGAUCCUGGUUGUUCAUGGAGGUCACAUUCUAGACUCUGGAGGUGGUGACGCAGGUGGGAAGGCAGGAGACGCCGCGACGCUGGCGUCGGUGCUGGAGCGGGUGGCACGCGCUCACUUUCAGGAAGCAGCGGACAGUAUGCUAGUGCGCUUGGUGCCCUGCCCUCCCGUGUGUGCUGAAGCCUUUUCGCUCGUCUCUCACUUGAAUCCGUACAGCUACGACGAGAGCUGCGUUUGCAGUAGUGUGGAUCACCUGCCGUUGGCCGCUCUGCCCAUCCUCGCCAUCGCCGCUCCUCAGUACCAGGACGCCGUGGCCGUGGUGAUCGCUCAGGCCAAUCGGGUGUAUCACGACUUCCUCCAGUCACCUGAGGGGCUGGGCUUCACUGGGCAGGUUUGCUUGGUGGCUGACUGUGUUGGCGGAGUGCUGUGUUUCGACGCACUGUGUUUUAGUGGUGACAAGCGGCACGGAAGUCCCACGACAAACACUACAAACUACAGCACUGAGAGCCUCAAGGAGAAGCCAGGAAUGAUGAGCAGUCUGAGUCCCACGCUGAGGAGCAGCAAGCGCUUAAGUAAGAGCAACAUCGACGUUUCAGCACUAUGCCAGUCUGCGCCAGCCCUCUACCGUCCACUCAUUCGCAAGCAGAGCGACUCGUGUGACACGGACAUUGCUGGGAGUCAGAGAGAGGUCUUCUUCAGCAGUCUGUCUCAGGAUGAGCAGAUAAACUCCGCACAGGCUCAGUACCCAGGCUGCUUCGACUUUGAGGUUUCAGACUGCUUUCUGCUGGGCUGCCCACUGGGACUGGUGCUCGCCAUGAGGAGAACCGUGCUGCCGGCUGUUCAGAUUGCCCAGUUGCGUCCAGCCUGCUCGCAAAUCUUCAACCUUUUCUACCCGUCUGACCCGUCUGCCUCGCGUCUGGAGCCCCUGCUGUACCCGCCUCUCACCCAGCUGCCCCCCUUCACUGUGUCACGCUACCAGCGCUACCCAUUGGGCGACGGGCGCUCCACUCUCAUAGCCGACACCGUGGUUAAACAGCCGCUGGAAGGAAGCGCUGAAAUCGUUCCGUCUGCGUGCUGCAAGACGGCGAGUGAUGGAACAUCUUCCGACGCCGGGGCCAGGGACAGUCAGACAGAGCGUACCAUCUCACAGCUAUGUAGCAGGUGGUGGGGUCUUAAGCGGCUGGACUAUGUGCUCUACUGCCCCGACGUGCUCACCGCGUUCCCCACUGUAGCGCUGCCUCAUCUGUUCCACGCCUCAUACUGGGAGUCUACAGACGCUGUGGCCUUCAUCCUCAGACAGGUGCUGCGCUGUGACUGUUUGAAGGCGGGUGAAGCAGACUGCUGCGACUCGAUGCCCAUCUCCCCAUCCAGCCCUCGAGAGAAGUGGCUCCGCAGAAGAACGCAUGUCAAACUGCGGAACGUGACGGCUAACCACAGAGUACACGAUGUGAUCGCGACAGAGGACGGGCCUCAGACGCUGGUGGGAAGGUUCAUGUACGGCCCUCUGGACAUGGUCACCCUCACGGGAGAGAAGGUGGAUGUGUUUUUGGCGACGCAGCCCGGAUCAGGACGCUGGGUGCUGUUCGACACCGAGGUAACCACCAGCAGCGGUCGCAUCACCUACACCAUUCCCAAAAACAAGAGACUCUCGGUUGGCGUCUACCCCAUCAAAAUGGUGGUCAAAGGCGACCAGACGAGCGCAGAGGCGUUCCUCACUGUGCUGCCGAGAGGAAUGGAGUGUGUGGUGUUCAGCAUCGACGGCUCCUUCGCUGCCAGCGUCUCACUCAUGGGUAGUGACCCUAAAGUCCGCCCUGGAGCUGUAGAUGUGGUUCGGCACUGGCAGGACCUCGGGUACCUGAUCAUCUACAUCACCGGUCGGCCCGACAUGCAGAAGCAGAGGGUGGUGUCGUGGCUCUCGCAGCACAACUUCCCCCAGGGCAUGGUGUUUUUCUCCGAGGGGCUCGUCCACGACCCCCUGCGCCAGAAAACCAUCUUCCUCAGGAGCCUCAUCAAGGAGUGUCACAUUAAGAUCGGCGCGGCGUACGGCUCUAUGAAGGACAUGUCCGUGUACAGCGCUCUGAGCUUGGAGGCCUCGCAGAUCUACAUCGUGGGAAGACCAUCCAAGAAACACCAGCACCAGUGCCAGUUCCUGAGUGAGGGUUACGCUGCUCACCUCUCAGCCCUGGAGUUCGAGCACGGCUCGCGUCCCAAGAAGAACCGCAUGAUCCUGCGUCAGGGCUCGUUCGGAAUCUCGUCCAAACCCGAUUUCCUGUCUCCGUCGCCCGAUUUCUUGACGUGUAAGCGCACGCCGCUGCUGCGCCGAGCCAUGUCCAUGCAGCAGGCGUCUCCGCCCUCUUCGUCGUCCUCCACGCCCAAACCAGAGCGCGCUCAGAGCCAGCCCGAGAGCCACAGGGACGGCCCCGAGAUCCGCAUCGAACUUGAUGAUGAGGAUCCGGAAGCAGGAGGUUUUACAGCUGUGCUGUGAGGGAAAUAUGAUCGCUUGGUGGGAUGGGG